AUGGCCAAACUCGACGUAGCUCAAGUCGUCAUGGCUGUGAGCUCGAAGAAGCUCAAGCGGUCAUGGCUUGAUGCGCUGGGAGUCUACUUUGAACCAAUUUCUGACCUUCGUCUCUUGAAAUCCAUUGGGCCAUUUGGAGGAGAAGGUGGCGAUCCAUGGGACGAUGGACAUAGCACAGGUGUGAGAAAAAUAAUUAUAAAAUGUGGAUUAGUUAUUGACUACAUUGCUGUUGAGUACAACAAGAAUGGGUCUGUGGUUCAGGGCCCUAGACAUGGUGGAGGUGGAGGACAUCUAACGCAUGAGAUUAAACUUAAUUAUCCUGGAGAAUACUUGACAUCAUUUUCUGGUCACUUUGAAUCUUAUCGGGGGCAGAUUAUGGUUCGCUCCCUCACAUUUCAGAGCAAUGAAAGAACUUAUGGGCCAGUUGGUCAGGAGAUCGGGAACUACUUUUAUUUUCCAUCAAUCGGUAAAAAGAUCGUCGGGUUUCAUGGGCGGUCUAGAUGUUGGGUUGAUUCACUUGGAGCACAUUUUGAGCCUUGA